GGCUUCGUUAUGUAAAGUACCCAUAUUCCAUUUCUGUCCACAAAAAGUUUGACGGAAGAGACACCGCGACUCAGCAUUAAUUCAUAUUUUUCGUUUUUGGGUUCCCGGCUCCAAAUUCUAAACAGUUAGAAAGUUAACCUCAUAAAGCGAUAAACCAUGUUCCGUAAUCAGUAUGACAAUGAUGUUACAGUGUGGAGCCCACAAGGAAGAAUCCAUCAAGUUGAAUAUGCCAUGGAGGCAGUGAAACAGGGAUCAGCCACUAUUGGUUUGAAAAGCAAGACACAUGCUGCGAUUGUGGCUUUGAAACGAGCAACAUCUGAGUUGUCGGCAUACCAAAAAAAGAUUAUUCCUAUUGACACACACAUGGGUAUGACGAUUGCUGGCUUGACAGCUGAUGCCCGUUUCCUUAGUCGCUAUAUGCGAACCGAGUGCCUCAACCAUCGCUAUUCCCAUGAUGAGCCUCUCCCUGUUUCAAGACUGAUUGGCAACUUGGGUAACAAGCUUCAAGUCUGCACCCAGCGUUAUGAUCGCCGCCCUUAUGGAGUUGGCCUUCUCGUUGCCGGCUACGAUGAUAAAGGUCCCCAUAUCUACCAAACAUGCCCCUCUGCUACCUAUUUCGACUGCAAGGCCAUGGCUAUUGGUGCUCGGUCACAGUCAGCCCGCACUUACCUGGAGAAACAUUUGAACGAAUUUUUGGAAUGUAGUGUUGAAGAUUUAGUGCGUCACGGACUUCGAGCACUUCGCGAUACCUUACCGAAUGAAGUCGAGCUAACUUCCAAGAACGUCUCGAUCGGGGUUGUCGGCAAAGGAAUGGAUUUCACCAUUUACGAUGAUGGUGGCGUCGAAUCUUUUCUAGCUGGUCUGGAUAAGGAGGAUCGCCGUGGUGGAAGGCCACUACCUCCGGACGUCGAAGGAGACUUAAAAGAGGUUCCGGCUGGUGAAUCUGCAGCAGCUCCCCAAGAUCCAGUCAUGUCAGUUGAAAUGGACGUGGAACCGCACAGUGGUAAAGACUGAUCUAAACAUGAGACAAGGUGAUUUUGAAUGUCCAUUUUCUGGUAUUGCGCGCAAUACAUUAUUAACUGGA